CUCUCACGCGUGAUGGAAGGUGACGGGGGGGCGUGGCGUGAGCGGUUAUGACUUGGUGAAUCCACUCAUGCAUGGUCACACAACGUGAGAGUCGCGAUGGCUCGGAGCGGGAGGCAGCUGCGUUUUACCGAGCCUCGUGCCCGAACCUUACCCUCCCGACACUAGACACACCGCAGGCCGCGGGCGCGACUCCUCUGAACCGCGACGGACUUGACGCGUGAAGAAGUUGGUGCAAGACCCCCUCCCCCCUUCCCCCUCCCCCUCCUCGGCCGGCUACACCUGACAAGAGUUUGGUGUCUACAUAUGGUGAACCCUAGUCGAUGGAUUUAUUACCUCUAAUAGAAGAAAUACAUAGCUAGAGAUCUUCAAGCAUGGGCGACUGGAGCUUUCUGGGCCGGCUUCUUGAGAACGCGCAGGAGCACUCGACGGUGAUCGGCAAGGUCUGGCUCACCGUCCUCUUCAUCUUCCGCAUCCUAGUGCUGGGUGCCGCAGCAGAGGAGGUGUGGGGCGACGAGCAGUCGGACUUCACCUGCAACACGCAGCAGCCCGGUUGCGAGAACGUCUGCUAUGACCAGGCCUUCCCCAUCUCCCACAUCCGCUUCUGGGUGCUGCAGAUCAUCUUUGUGUCCACGCCCACGCUCAUCUACCUGGGCCACGUGCUGCACAUCGUGCGCAUGGAGGAGAAGCGCAAGGAGAAGGAGGAGGAGCACCGCAAGGUCAGCGGGUUCCCCGAUGACAAGGAGCUGCCGUACCGGAACGGGGGCGGCGGUAAAAAGGUGAAGCCGCCGAUCAGAGACGAGCACGGCAAAAUCCGCAUCCGCGGGGCCUUGCUGCGUACCUACGUGUUCAACAUCAUCUUCAAGACUCUGUUUGAGGUGGGCUUCAUCCUGGGCCAGUACUUCCUGUACGGCUUCUCGCUGCGGCCGCUCUACAAGUGCUCCCGUUGGCCGUGCCCCAACACGGUGGACUGCUUUAUCUCCAGGCCCACGGAGAAGACUAUCUUCAUCAUAUUCAUGCUUGUUGUGGCUUGUGUGUCGCUUUUACUCAACCUGCUGGAGAUCUACCACCUGGGCUGGAAGAAGCUGAAGCAGGGCGUGUACCACCCCGACCACCUGCUGCGGGCCGCCGGCCAGCUGGCCACGCCGGAGGGCGUGGCCUCGCUAGGGGCCCCGGCUCUCCUCAACUACCCCCCCACCUACAGCCACAUAACGGCCGGCAUGGGGUCCCCCACCGACGCCGAGUUCAAGAUGGAGGAGCUCCAGCGGGAGGAGGGGGCGCGGACGCCUCCCCCGACUCCCCCGGCCGCCCACUACUACAUCAGCAGCAACAACAACCACCGUCUGGCCGCAGAGCAGAACUGGGCCAACCUGGCCACCGAGCAGCACACCCGCCAGAUGAAGGCCACCUCCCCCACCCCCACGUCCUUCUCCUCCUCAAGCAGUGAAGCGGCCCCGCCCUGCUCAACUAGCCCCACCCCCUUAAUGGCAACCCCGGGCAACGCUGCAGCCCCCGGUGAUGUGGCGACCAGUGGCGACGGAGCCGGCCUGACCCCCGAGCCGGGCCAGCGGGAGGAAGAGGAUGUCACCAUGGCGACGGUGGAGAUGCACCUGGAGGGGGUGUUCCCGGACCCCCGGCGUCUUAGCAGAGCCAGUAAGAGCAGCAGCAUCCGCGCCCGGCACGAUGACCUCGCCAUCUGAAACCCCCUACACCCCCUCCACCCCCACCACCCCCCCCCCUCCCAACGCUCGCACCUCCAGAACCUUUCCAUGGCCCAUGACCCCAACCCGCAACCCCCCAAUCCUGCAGACACACAGAUACACAUUUACGCACACACACACAAAUAUCCAGAAAAAAAACGGCAAACUGCUCUCAGAGCAAGGAGACCGGAGGGACAGGAAACAGGAAGUGGAAAAACCUGCAGUUAGGUGGAUCUACAUCCACAGUCCACAGCCACUGGUGAGUUGUAGACUAACUGUGAAGUCCUGGACUAAGUGAAGGACUCCGUGCUCACUCUGUGACUGGAAUAUCCCCACGGAAACGUUGGCAGAAGUAGUUUGAUUUGAUUGGCGGAGGACGAGCGGUUCUGUUUCUCAUGGAGUUUGUUUAAUAUGCACACUGAUCGACGGACAUCUAUACAUCACAUGGCUCCGUUAUUGCCACCACAGGUUCAAACCACUGAAGCCUGCGGCACACACUGACACACCUCCAACCUUUACCUGGGUUUUCCCAACAAUCCCCUUCAUGGAUGAUAAUUCAUUGACUCAGAGUCAGAAGUCAAAGUGGGACUUUGGUUCAAGACCAGUGUGGAAAUUACACUGGGAGUGGGUAGUACUUGCAAUGGAUAUUCCCAGUUCCAGAAAUAGCUGAAGAGCACAACUGACCCACGUAUACAACCAAAGAUGGAGGUCAAGGUCUUAGAUCUAGACCUCCAUGGGUAUCACUGUACGUUAUGAUUAUUAUAAAUGACAGGCGCUUUGGUGGAGGAAGUGGUUUUACUAGAAAUGGUUGACAAAUCCCGUUGCCAAUGUUUUAAAAAUCGUUCUGCAUUUUCAUCGUCAAGGGCCCCAUAAUGGCCCCUGUCGCCAAAUAAAACGUACAUGUGCCUUGCUUUUGUUCUGAAACCACUAGUUAGCGGUAGUGAACCAGGGUACAGCUAACACUCUUUAUACUUUACUUUCCCAAUGUUUCUGUCUAGGGAUACUUGAACAAGAUACUUGUAACUAGAAAACUAGAAACCAUGUUUUACGCUUUAUUUGCUUUCAGACGAUGGCGACUGCUUUUCCAACAACCUCUGAGUUCCAUGGAUACAGCAAGACUUUCCCCCUCGUCUGCCUCACCCCUUCUUUUCUCUCACUCCUCAUUACUUCAUUCUCCUCAUACUCUUCACCCCAUCAUUCUUCUCACCCUCUCAUUCGCCUCAUGCCCCAUAUAAGUAGCUUUCUUCAGUUGGUGUUCAUUGUACACAAUGAAAAACUUCUCCAUAUUUUGUUCUGCAUUUGUGUUUUUUUGAUUCUUAAAGUUUACAUUUUAGUAGUUGAUAAAGAUUUGCACAUUUAGGCUAAAUAAUGCUGUUCUUCGAUGGUGAUAUUGGUAUUGUUUUAGAGAGAAUGGCACCAUGCUGCCAGUCUCUACGAUCCUUUAAGGACAAUGGUCUUAAACCCAAAGCACAGUGGAUCUUCACAAUAAAAGACAUUAUUUAACAAAUAAGAGAAUGAAAAAAUAUGACGAUAUUUUUUUAAAAAGAAGAAAAUUAUUUUAAUGUGAAAAGUACAAACAUAAAAACAUGUAAAUUGUUUUUUUUAUUUUUAACCUGACUGGUCUGAAACUAGCGGAUUUAAAAGAUCAAAAACAGAAACACAAGGAGAGCGAGAGAAGAAGAAAAAAAACUGCUUUUGUGAUGUCACAGCUGGACGGGACUUCUGGUUGGACGGUCACGCCAGAUGGUUCUCAUGCAAGUAUCCUUCCUAGAAAGGAUGCAUUCUGGGAAUUUCUCUCUCUCUCUCCAACGAUGAAAUCACAACAUGGAGCUACCUGUCCUGACUGUGACUCAAACAAGAGAAGUGCCUUGUGUAUGAAUGAUUCGUUUGUAAGAACAAGUUGAUGUAAAUGUUCAUUUACCUCAAAUGUUUACAAAAAUGUUACUAAAUAAACUUUUUUUGUACCA